AUGUUGAGUUCUACUAAUAACAACGUUGAUACUGGAAAAUGGCAAGAAUUUGUAUCUGAUGAAAUUCAAUUUGACCAUAAAAAAAACUCAAAAUAUAAGUUGCCAUUUUCAUCAAUAUCCACGAUUAAUGUUGACUAUAGAAAAGCAAAACUUCAAGAUAUUAAUUUGGAUGAUACUGAAUCUGACAUAGAAAAUUAUUCAGAUAAUGAGCUACCUCUUUCAUCAAUAACAAAUGUAUUCCUUCCAAUUGAUAGCUGUAAAGUUGUAAAAUCUGAUUCAAGUCAAAUAUCCAUCAAAGAACAAAGUAAAAUAGAUAUACCAAUUAAGAAGUAUGGAUGUGAUAUUUGUGGGAAAAUAUUUCUUACUCGUAUUGCGAUUAUUGAACAUUUUAGAACUAGUUUAUGCUUUCCAGAAAGUCCUUUUGAUCUGGAACACAACAACCCUACUUAUAAUUUUUGUAACAAUUCUAAAAAUGUAGUAUCAUACAUCAACAUAAGUAAUUUAAAAACUAAUAAUACAAAAGAUAUGACCAACAAGUGCAGAAUUUGUCAAAAUGUAAUUAGAAAUGGCAAAUUUAUAAAAAGGCAUAACAUAUUACAUACUAAAGGAAAUAACUUAUGUAAUAUAUGUUCAGUAUUAAAUAGUAUUGCAUGUGGAAAUAAUCACCACUUUAAAGAAAAGUAUACAUGGAAAUGUAAAACUUGUGGGCAGUCAUUUACUAAAUUAUCUGUUUUAAAAGCUCACAAAUGCAUUUUUCCAAGUAAUAAUAAAUUGAACGCCCUGGAAAACCAUAAAACUAUUACAUUGCAUUGCAAUAUAUGUUAUAAACAAUUCUUUAAACGGUCAUCUUUAAAAAAUCAUAAAAGAAUACACAAUUUAAAACGUAUCAACCAAUACAAUAUUCGUUUAAAGUACUUAAAUUAUAGUGUAUUGAGGCAUACAAAAAGAAUCCGCAGUUUAUCUCAAAAUUAUGAAUGUUCAAGAUGUUCAAAAGUAUUUCAUAAACGUUCAGAAAUAAUAUCUCAUAUUUUUGAAAACCAUCCAGAAGAUUAUUCCAAAUAUAGUUGUGACGAUUGUACAAAUUUAUGUGAUUCUUCGAGGGACUAUAUUUUACGUUUAGGAAAAAACCAUUUCAAAUGUGAUGUAUGUCCCCAAUCAUUCACUACAUCUCAUAGACUACAACAGCAUUAUGGAUGGCAUCUUGGUAUUGAUCAUUUUAAAUGCGAAUUCUGUCCUAAGACAUUUUCGAAAUGUUCUCUUUAUUUAUCUCAUGAAAGAAUGCACACUGGUGAAAAACCAUUCAGGUGUAAUUUUUGUGGCAAAUGGUUUCCAGAAUCAUCAAAUUUAAAUAUUCAUUUAAAACCCUAUUGUCAAAAACCGAUGUCAUCAUUAUUAUCCCAUAAAAGAAUACAUGCUAAAGAAAAACAUCUAAAGAAUAAGAGUUAUAAUCAGCUGUCUACUAUGGAAGUACGUACAAGACGACAAUGUACUAGAAGAAAGCAAUUUAGGUGUAACAUAUGUGCCAAAUCAUUUUUUCAUACAUGGUCAUUAAGUGCUCAUCUAAAAACACAUCAAAAUAACAAGAAUAUGAAAAAAUCAUCCUUCAAAAAACAUAAGAGACCACAAAAAAAUGGCAUAUGCAUAAAAUGUGAUUUAUGCCAAGAACUAUUUUAUGACAAGAAUAAUUUAAUCGCUCAUAGAUGCAAGUCAUCUACUUGUACUUGUUGUCUAGAAGUAUUUAAUAAUUUUUCUUCACUUAAAAGACACUACAGAUCCAUGCAUCAAAAAAAUAACCAACUCUAUGACUGUGAUAUCUGUAAUAAAUCAUUUAUGUGUUCAACUAGUCUUAAUGAACAUAGAAAAAAUCACACUCAGUUUGAAAAAAACACCCCUCUUAAACUUAAUUCCAACAAUGAAAUAAAUACAGUAAAUGAAGAAAUGUACUUAAAUGAAGAAUAUAAAUGUGAGCUUUGUAUGAAAAGUUUUUUCAAUCAAGCUAUAUGUGCUCAUAUUCUAGAAACUCAUUAUUAG